AUGGAAGCGAUCAAGGAGUCUAAGGAGGAGGAUGGUUACCUCAGCGACGACCCGGACGAGUGUCAAGAUCUGGAUGUGGUCAGUGACAUCGCGUCUCAAGCGGGCUUCGCCAUCACGUUGCUCAUCCCGGCCAAGUGGAUCGAAGAGGUUCUGCGCACGAUCGAUACGGUCCGCGGGCUUCUCCUGCUGUGGGAAGAGCAUUUGACGGAGAAUGUGAAGGUUACAACAAAAUGUCACAAGCUUCUGCCGACGUGGCUCUCGAAGGAGCGCUUUGGUCGGGUUCAAGUGGUGUUUGUACACGCGGCGGAUGCCAACUUCAUGUGGAGCAGGAAGGUGGAACAUGUGACGGUGCACAAUAUCCGACUGACGCUCGGAUGGCAGCAUCUUGAGAAUCAGGAGUACCUGAAGGAGCGGUCGAAGAAGCCGGAUGCUAUCGAGGUGCUGCUGAAGAGUGUCCCGGCCGUCAUCACGCCAGAGAUGAUCCGGAAGAGCUUGGUGACUGCGACCCUGUUGAAGCGCAAGCGCACGGCCUUCCUGGAGGGUUCGGCUUUUCACAGGGUGGUCGAUCCGGUUACAGGGUCGGACACGGAUAAGAUCAAGGCUACAAAGGCCAACAUGGAAGAUCUGGCGAUGGUCUUCACGUCUACCAACGGCGCACGGGAGGAGUGGCUGUGUGUUCAGGAGGGAUGCAGGAAGGCGCAUGGUGUCAGCUUCGCGAAGGCGGCGGAGCAUGCGGCCUCGGUUAUGCAUUGCACCGAGCGUCUCAAGGCGGGAACGGCGACGCGUCAGAGCAAGGGGAAGAUGAAUCUCCAGGUGGUCAAGAAGGAGUUCGGGAUGUGA